GCGAUGGUCACGUGACCGCGAUGGUUCCGCCCAGAACAACUCCAGCGUGUGUUGACAUUCCGGUACUGUACAGAGCCAUUUUAUUUGCGGCUGGGCUAAUUGUGCAGCUUUCGGCAGAUCUGCGCCGUCGCAGCGUGUCUGGCGCGCCUGCCGGUCGCGUUCCGGGAUGGUCGCGUGCACACCGGCUGCUCCGAGCCGCCUCGCAGCCUGACGAGUGACAGCGAACGCCGCGCUCCAAGAUGAUGUCGCUCGUCGACCUGGACGACGAUCAGCGGUGGCUGCCCACGCACGUCAAUGUCACCGUGCUGCGCGCCAGGGGGCUGCGGACCAAGAGCAAACACGGCAGCCGCUACCUGUACGCGGUGGUCCAGGUGGGCAAGGACAAGUACACCACCGGCCUGGUGGACAAGGCCGAGGUGCCCGUGUGGUCCGAAGAGUGCUGCUUCGAGCUCCUGCCGGGCAUCCUGGAGGAGGAUGGCGCAGCUGGAGGCGGCCGCGGAGCCUACCCGCCCGGUAGCGCCGACCUGGUCCUCACCGUCAUGCACCGAGUCCUGAUUGGACUCGACGUGUUCCUCGGCCAGACCGUCAUCCCGCUGGAUCGCGUGUUUCGGGAGGGCGCGUGCCGGAGAGACCAGUGGUUCAAGCUACAUUCGAAGGCGGGACGGAAGGCGAAGGAGCGUGGCGAAUUGCAGCUGACGGUGCAGUUCACCCGCAAUAACAUGACGGCCAGCAUGUUCGACCUCACCGCCAAGGACGAGCGGCGCUCCGCUUUCGGCAAACUCAAGGAUCGCGUCACAGGGAGAAAGCGCCCCGAUGUGGAAUCUUCCUCGGCCAUCGUGCCGGGCCGCUACGCUGCCCUCUCGGUGACCCCGGGUCAGCCGUUAGGCGACGAUUGCGAGGGCGCCGGCCACGGGCGAGACGCAGCGAUAACGGAGGAAAAGAAGAGCAAGAUGAAAGAUUUCUUCAAAGGGAAGCUGAGAAAGUCGCCCGACACCAGGUCAUGCUCCUCCCUGGCUUCUGACAGCAGCGCCUCCUCCAUGGCGAGUGACACCGUCGGCCCUCCUCCCGCUCUCGGCCUGCUCUCAGAUCUCCCCAGCUCGCCUGUCUACACCGCCGUCACACGAGUGGACCCCCACUGUAGAGACAGAGAUCUAACUAAAACAGUGCUCACCAGUCAGCACGCCACAAAGAUUCUGACACACAAGCGAGCCUUCAGCGAUGAAGCUAGUAAGAUCACAACAUCUAUCCCUCAAGCAAAGCCCACCAUGGAGUCCGUCAAAGGCCCGCAGAAUAUGAGUCCAUCCAAGUCUUCUGUGUGUAUAAAUGGCAGCCAUGUGUAUGACUCCGAGCCUUCAAUCCCAAAGAACGCUGGAGCCCUGCCGUGCAAGUUGGUCUUGUUGGAGAAAUGCUCCCCGCUGUCCCGUUCCCUACAGAACCUCGCCAAGCGAAGCGAGGACAAAGGUUCCUUUGCAGAAGGGCGACGUUGGUCCUUUGACAAGAUGAAGAAUGAGGGAAAAGAGGAAGAAAAGGCGGCAGACACCUCCAAUGCUGAUUCUUCUGACAAAGGGUGGAAGCUUAGAAAGACCUUAUUCUCUGGAGGUAGGAGCGAUUCUGUUCCAGGAAAGCCAAAUGGAAGCCAGGCUGCUUCCACCUCUGAAGGGAGGCUCAGAGGCUGGUUCAGCUCCACAGACUCUCAGAACAAGCCAAGGCUGGAAGUGUCUCCUAAGCUAGAAAGCACCUCAGCUAUAUCCCCCCCACUCCCUCUUUGGCCCUCUGUAGGCAGUCACUGUUCCUCCUCCUCUGACUCCCGCCCCGUUGAACAGAAUCACACACAUCCCAUCACCCCGCCAUCGACCCCCAUCUCCCCCUCCAACCCCUUCUUUGAGGAGCUGCAGGGGUCCCCUCCUUGUGCACCUAGCUCCUCAAGCUUUCUGUACACUUCUCAGCACUCCGGCCAGGAUAUACCCAGUUCCAUUCAAGACACUAUACCCUCCAUCAAGAGGGAGCGUCCUAAACCUGUCGCUAGGCAGAUAUCACUCCCUGUGUUUUCCAACCUCUCAAGUGAUCGUCCAAUGUCAAUGAGCGUACAGGACUGGGAAGACUCAUUCGACAUGUUUGCUUCAAACAGACUCAACUCACCCAGAGGAAAUCCCUCUCAGAUGCAACUGGAAACUACUCUAGAGUCUACUCAGAGGUGUAGUUCUAUUGCAGCAAAUGUACAUACUGAAUAUCACAUACAAGAGCGACAAAGAUACCAAAAGGAGCCUCCGCCAUUACCUCCAAGGAGACCAAUAAAAACUUCAGUGAAUGAGAUAUACUCUGAUGGUUGGCUCCACAGAGGCCAAGAGCUGGCAGUUCAUAAAGAAGCCUAUCUACUCUCUCAGACUGGAGUGGCCUCACUGCAACAUGGAAGAGAGCCAGAGUUUAAAAGACCGACAUCAAGUGUAUCAUCAGACAGCGAGACCUCAGAUUCCCUCACUGUUAACUCUCAGCUUUAUGGAAUCAUCCCUUCCCCGGGAUUUAUGUCCGAAGAGACUCUGAAAAAGUAUGAACCCUUGGAAGACACAACUGACUUCUGGGGGGGCAUGCUAUUUGAACAAGACUUGUAUGGGCGGGUUUUCAAGGCAAAUGUUAGCCAAACCACUUUACAUGUAGGGAAUAGCACCGGGCUUGGCAAUAUUCUAAACUGUGAGACUUCUGUUGCUGACCUUUUGAAGAAGUCCUCUAAUUCACUCUCAAUGUCAGAAUUAAAGACUGUUUGGACUCCCCCUCCAGUAGAGUCUGCAGAGUCUUCUCUCAUAAGUCAAACCCCAUGCAUGAACAAAAACGGUACUUCCUUGCUAACCUUAGGAGAUCUGAACAUGAAUGUUAGCGAUUCUGAUUUCGGCUUUACGGAUUCUGAUGGAUCUUCUCAGACAAAAGCAGUUGCAGACGUCAAAGGCCUCAGCAUCUUAAGUUGGAUCGGUCCGCAGUUGUCACAAGAUUCCACAACAGCUGUUUACCACGAGGUAGCUACAUAUGCUAACACCAUAAAAGACACCAAGAUGCCCGAAAGUGACUCAUCUUUGGAAAGAACCAUGUUAUCUCAUAAAACUUGCAAAGUCUCUCCAGUUUGGCAGGACUUUCCAUUUGAGAUCAACAAUCGUAAAAUCUGUGAAACCCAGGAGCAACCUGUAGCCAAUCUGGAGUCCAGUGAUGAUAAAACAGGAAGGGAUGAUGCUUUCAAAGAGAAAAAAAAGGACUGUAAUGAUAAUGGGAACCCUCAAGCUGCGAGAGAAUUGUUUCCACGGGUAGUCAGCGCACGUGUUAGACCGAAAGCAAUUUCAAGAGUGAACAGCACUGACAAUCCAAGCAAAACUGAUCUUGGUCAGCAGUCUUCACUCGUCAUUGAAGGUCCGUCAUCAUAUCAACCUAGUAGCUCAGCUCCAUCUCCCAAUCUGGCAUUGGAUAGCAAUGAAGAUAAAGUCUCAGGCUAUCAUGGCAAUUUGAACGAUAGUUCACCAAUACCUAGUUCGCCAAUACCUUCAAAUGAUGACUCAGCACUUCUAUUAGGGGAUUAUGUGACCGAAAACCCCUCUGAGAUUACUUUUGAAGUCCUUCAUGCCAAAGUCGCCCCUCAUUUGAGAAGUCCUCCAAAGUCUGAGCAGGGUUGUUCUCUCACUUCCUCAACCAAUACACCUGCUAAUCUCCCUCUUUCCGCUGCCUGUUGCACCUCCACACGCUCGUCAAGCACAAUUAUGCAAAGCGCUGGAACCAGUAGGUCUCUGAUUGUGGCACCCUACGCAACCUCCUCCUCCUUCACCCCCGACACUACCUCCACCACUGAUCAGCCGCUGUUUGAUGCACUGCACUCACUUUUCACAGAGGAGACUUGGCCAGCUUGCAACCUGCCCCGCCAGGAGAGCAGACCACACCUAGUGAAGCCUUUAAGCCAAUCAGAGAAGAAGGAGAGCCGUUCAGUUCUUGAGAAACUCAAGUCAACCAUAAGCCCGGGACGCACUGCCCAGCAGGUGGCUGCCGGGCCGGGGAAAAUUCAGGAGCCCACAGAUGACAGGUCGGCCCUGUAUGAGCACCUGACUAACAUGGAGCUCAUCUCCUUGCUGCUGCAGCAGGACAUGGACAUAAACAAGCAGCAGGCGGCUUCCGAGUGUCAGCGGGCGCAACUGGAGAAAUGCGAGGCAGAGCUGAAGAAGGUCAAGGCGCAGCUCCGCGACUUGGAGGACUACAUCGACAACCUGCUGCUGCGCAUCAUGGAGCAGACGCCCACGCUGCUGCAGGUGCGCUCCAGACACAAGUGAUGGCGCCACGGCCAAACCUCUGAAUAAGUCUUCCCACAUGUGAAAGUCAGUUUUAGGAUUUAGUAGACAGAGACAUGCAUUAGGUCUUCUCAUGACUACUACUUCCCUGUUGACACAAUAUUAUUACAUGCAUGCAGUUAAUAACAACAGCCAAAAAAAAAAAAAAAUGAAUAUGACAAAAAGCUUACGAGAACAAGUUGCAGUAGUUGGCUGUUGUCACAUUCAAAUUCUAAUGGAGCAUUUUCAUGGAAAAUAAUACAACAACAAUAGUAUAUUAUUUAUAUUGUUACUAUUUGUUCUUAUGUGCAGCACUUGGUUCCAUGUAAAUAAAGUUCUUGUAAAUGCAAAUGUAGUACAGACUUUACAAUACUGUACAUUUAAAUAAAUAUCGAUUGUUUUACUUAAGUAGAUGCUAAGGUAAAUAGAAUGUAGACAAAUGCAAAAAAAAAAAAAAAAAAGUUUUAAAAUUGUGUCACUGAACAAAUUUUGUUCAACUUUGGAUAUUUCAUCCAUCCAUCCAUCCAUUUUCUGAGCCGCUUCUCUUCACUAUGGUCACGGGCGUGCUGGAGCCAAUCCCAGCUGUCA